CUCGGCGUCUUGUGUAAGUCGGUCGUAUAUCGCUAACUUUCAACAAAUUCUCCUCAACAAAUCAUCUAAAAAUAAAGAAUGGCAGAUGCCGUUAAAACAACAUCAAACUCUUCCGAUGGUCCUCGUCUUGAGGUGUUGGACAGAGUAAAAAAUAUUCCGGUAGUCCAUUCAGCGAUCGAAAAGACGGGAUCUACUUAUUCUUACGUUAAAGAUUCUCAUCAUUUGAUAAAUUGGGCGUUAAAUCAAGCCGAAGCAGGGCUGCAUUAUGCGACCGCGACAGCCGCGCCACUUGCUGCACCCUUGGCUAAGAAAUUCGAAGGACAGAUCAAUGCUGUCGACCAGAAACUAUGCGAGGGAUUGAACAUAGUCGAACAAAAAGUUCCAAUCGUAAAGAAACCACCUCAGCAGAUAUACGACGCCGCCAAAGCGGUUAUGAGCAGCUCUUUACAGCCGACCAUCGAAAAACUUAAUACAGCAAAAGAAUCAGCUACGCAGCAAGCAUCUACAUUAAAAGAGAUCAGUAUAACUAAAGCGAAUGAACUUCUAGAUACACAAUAUGGUAACAUGGCUGUACAAGGUGUUGACAACACCAGUAUACUUGUCAAUCGUUUAUUGGAUCAUUAUUUCCCACCGGUGGAAGGAGAAGAGAAUGCACCACACCCCAUCUCCGCGGAUGAGAACAAAGUUCUUCAUGCGGUACAAACGAUUGGGCAACUGUCAAUGAAAACUGCUAAUCGCGUUUAUCAUUCGGUUGCUGCUCAAUUGAAGACAAUAAAGAAGGAGGACGUAGCGACGUACAUAUCCAGCGUAGUAUCCAUUCUUCAUCUCACACAAUACUUACAUCCUGAACAGACAGACGAUAAUAAGACAAAUAGUUCGACAGAAAAUAAAGAUGAGGAGAAAAAAUAAACUGAAAGACGCUCCAUUUAUUCAAUACGUUCAUUCGCAUCCAAAUCGAUAAAUAAUUUAAUUAAUUUGUUACACACUUCGAAGGAAAGCAUUAGAAAAAAAACAUAAAUUACGAAAAAUUGAAAUAUGAAAAAUUUUUAUUUAUAAAAAUUUUAUAAAAGUUUAAUAUGGUAUAUAUAUAUUAGUAUCAAAAAAAGUAUACAAUGUUUUUAAUUCGAGUAAAUUCGAAAUCAAUGAUCUUUGCUGAUUAUUUAGAUGUAUUUAUAUACUAUAUUUAUAAUGUGUAAUUACGAUUUUGUGGUUAGUAAUAAGGUAUAAUUUUAAUAUUUUCUAUACAUGUGACAAAUUUAUAUUAAUGAAAAUUGUAAAGUUUUAUUAGCUUUUACAGUUAUCAGAAAGAAAUAAACCACCGAUGCAUCAUUAUUAUUAGA